CAGUAUUCAGUUUCUAGUUUCGCACUCCUCCUUUCUUAUUGCCAAUUUGACAAACUCUUCCCCUUUGCUUCAGACAACCAGAAUCCGUACUCUCUGUUUCGAGGUAAAGUUUCUCUCUGCAUUUUACGCUCCUUAUGCUUCCAUCAUAUUGACAGAACUGCUCAUAGGCUAAUUUCUCAUUGGGUUUUGUUUCGGAAGAGAAUUGAUUAGGUCUUGAGGUUCAAUUUAGUGUUUUCUUUGUGUGUGGAGUGAGCUAUAAAUGCCACUACGCUGCUGAAUUUUGGCUUCCGUAUGAAGAAUUGUCGAAAACAAAUUAUGGGAUUUGCAAUUUCAAAGCUAGAAGCGAAACAAUUGAAGAAUGUCGUGGUUUUCUGGAGAAAAUGAUCCAUUUGAUCACCCAUUUUUCACUCAACCAUUGAAAAGCUUCUUUGGUGAGAGGAAUCCAUUUGAUGAUCCCUUUUUCUCCCGCCCCUUUGAUGAUCAACUCGGGUCACGUAAGCCAAUUACAGUUGAGGAACUCAACCUUGAUGAUGGUGGUACAGAAAACUCGAAUGCUGGCAGGGAAAUUAUCAGCAACAAGCCCAGCAGAAAUGCUAAUGGUAACACUUGUUAUACCUUUCGUGGGUUUGCAUAUGGUGGUCCAGAAGGAUGGCAAUACUCUUGCUCUGAGAGUGGGAUGGCCGGUGGUGAUGGGGUUUUUCUUGCUGAAAUGAAGGAAGAUAAUAGGAUGGUUGGUGAAUCACUGCAUACAAUUUCUAAGGGAAUCCGUAAUAAGGGCCAUUCUGUUACAAAGAAGAAAAAAUCAGAUGGUAGUGUGGAUUCAUUGCAGACUUUACACAAUCUGAAUGAAGAUGAACUCACCGGCUUUGAAGAAAAUUGGAAUACUUCUGCUUCAAAGUAUUUACCUAGCUGGAGCACAAACUUCAAUCCCUUUGAAAAUGGAGGUGCAAACUGGAUCGGAUGGGAGGGAUUUCCUGCUUGGAACAACUGGGGUGGCUAUGCUCUUCCUCCUGCUGAAAACUAUGGUGAAACUGGCGCAGGCGAACCAGAUGGAAGGCGGAGAGGCAAAAAAGUUGUUCGCGUGAACAUCGAAUAGCAUAUAACAUUCGAAGCCAAUCAUCUCUCUGGGGUUAGAUGUUUGUUUUCGGCUAGUGCCCGUGUUACAUAUGCCGUGUAUUUUUAAGUACAAACCAACGUAGGAACUCAACUUAAUUCUCUCAAGUGUUAACUUAUCUCGCGAGAACUAGACUGUUUUAUUACGCUUAUCUCCUUUCCUUGCCUGUUAGUUCUAUUCUACUGCUAAAUUAGAAAAAAAAUUACAAUGGAGGAUUUGUGUUGAUCGGCCGAGUGGAUUACGACAAUGGUACUAAGAAGUAGCUUUGGCUCUGGCGUAAUGUCCUACGUUUUGGUCCAAAAAAAAUAAAACUCUUGUGAGAUCUUGAUAUUUGUUAUGAUUGUCCCG